AUGUUUUCUAAAUUGACGUCACCUGAUUAUAAUUAUUCUUCACUUAAGGAUCAGAACGAGAACGAGCCUGCGAAGCACAAUACUCGCUGGAGACAAUUCCAAUGGCACACGGAUAUCUACAGCUCGGACAAUCCAAACCAUAAUGAAGCUAUAUCUGCAGCAUGGGAUCGAAUCGUGCCUGCUCACGGGUUUGUGGCUGUUGACCACGAAUGGGCAGCAGAACAUAAUCUUCCAGAUAGCCAGACCCCAAGUGUACCAUUACAACACUCAUGGCACUGUUUCGACAGCUUGUUGCAAUACAUUAUGUGUGGUACUUCGGGAGAUACGCUGCUUUAUACAUGGGGGAAGAAUGAGACGGGUAGUGGACAGCAUCGUCGAUGUAUUGACUGGAAUAGUAGGAAGAACUGGGCAAAGGAGAACUCGGCUUGCUAUUGGGAUGGCGAUAAACCUAUUCCGUUGUAUGAUCAUUUCGAUCACUGUGAGAGUGAUGAUGAUGGGAUUAGAGUGGCGGGUACCUGGUGA